AUGACAGAAUUGAAAUCUUCAAUAAUGAAAAAUCCGUCCAUGUAUUUGCAGGAAUAUGAAGAAUUGACAGAAAAACUGGAUAACUUACAACUGACUGAACAAUCCCUUCUGGACAGAAUGAGCAAUGGAAGAGCAUCGCCAUCACCACAACCGUCUCCAAAUAUCAUGCCAAACAUAUUACCAACGAUGAUUCUACCACAAUCUGCAAGACCAACAAACCCACAACCUAAAUCACCCCAUGCCAACCUUACAAGGGUUUGUCUACCAAAUCAACAAAGAACUACAGUUGUUGCUGUUGAAGGACGUACUCUUCGUGACUCUUUAUCGAAAGCGAUGCAGAGGAGAGGUUACUCAUCUGAGACGUGUCUGGUUUUCAGGAAAGAUACAGGAGGGCCUGUAGAUUGGGAUACAGACAUGUCAUGGUUAGAAGGAGAAGAACUUUUAGUACAAGUCAAUGAACACUUCCGAGCAACAAGUAGUAUAUUACAUAAUUUUGUUCGGAAAACAUUUUUCACAUUAGCAUUUUGUGAUAGUUGUCGUCGACUUCUAUUUCAUGGAUUUAAAUGUCAGACAUGUGGCUAUAAGUUCCAUCAACGCUGUGCCCAAGAUACUCCCCCUCUUUGCGUAUCAGGCAAUUUUUAUAAAAUGUUGCUAGGGCUAAAAGGAACUGGUGCUGAGAUGCCAUCAGAUUCACGUAGCGUGUUUCUAGAUUCUGAUACAGAACAGAAUGAUCCAGGUUAUGGCAAGGGAAUGACACUACCACUAGGAGCCACAUCGUCACCACAGCAUAUACCCAAACCUGGUCUACCGAGAGAACGGUCUACCUCAGCUCCAAGUAUUAAUUUAGUCACAGGGGAUCAUGACAGUAAAACUCUUGAGGAACUACAAUUAUUAUCAAGACAUCACAGAGCUGCUCAGUCGUCUGCUGGUCCAGACUACUCAGCCAGGCAGCUGCAAAACAGUCCCUGUAAAACACGUCAAACACCGACUCCUUCCAAGGACAGCGUAUUUGAUUAUAGUCCAGCUAGCAUAUUGAGGGGUAAUAAUCUAUCAACAAGUUUUACAUCAUCAGGCUAUUCUUCCAUGGUGGGAUGUGCAUCAUUACCAAAUUCAACCUCUAGUCCUACCAGAAUAGCAGUAUCCAGUCCAACUACUGGACAUCACUCAAAGCCAAGAACACCUUCAUCCUCAACAGAAGUACGCAGAAGAACUAGACAUAGGCGAGAUUCCAACGAUGACUGGGAAAUUCCAGCGGAUGAAAUAGUUAUCGGUCCUAGGAUUGGAUCUGGGUCAUUUGGAACAGUAUACAGAGGACAGUGGCAUGGUGCUGUAGCAGUCAAAAAGUUGAAUGUAACAGACCCAACUCCGUCACAGUUACAAGCGUUCAAGAAUGAAGUAGCUGUUCUUAGGAAAACGAGACAUGCCAAUAUUUUAUUAUUUAUGGGAUGUACGUCUAAACCUGAGUUAGCAAUUGUAACACAAUGGUGUGAAGGAUCUAGUCUUUAUAAACAUCUCCAUGUCAAGGAAGUCAAGUUUGAAAUGCGUGAGGUCAUUGAUGUGGGCAGACAGACUGCACAAGGGAUGGACUAUCUCCAUGCCAAGAAUAUUAUACACAGAGACUUGAAAUCAAACAAUAUAUUUUUACAUGACGAUAUGACAGUUAAAAUUGGUGAUUUUGGACUAGCUACUGUGAAAUCAAGGUGGAGUGGGUCUGAGAGAAUGGAACAACCUACAGGAUCCAUCCUAUGGAUGGCACCGGAAGUUAUUCGUAUGCAGGAUAGAAACCCAUAUACUCCACAGUCAGACGUUUACGCAUUCGGUAUUUGUCUGUAUGAGCUCGCUACCGGUCAAUUACCAUAUUCAAAUAUCAAUAAUAAAGAUCAGAUAAUAUUCAUGGUUGGUAGGGGUUACCUUUCUGUAAAUCCAGAAGAUGCACGAAGUGAUACUCCUAAAGCAUUCAAAAGAUUAAUGGCUGAUUGCUGUAAAAAGAAUCGUGACGAUAGACCAUUGUUUCCACAGGUCCUUGCAUCUUUAGAACAUUUAGCAAGAUCAUUACCCAAGCUUCAUCGCAGUGCAUCAGAACCGGUAUCAUUAAAUAGGACUCGUCUACAAUCUGAAGAUUUUCUUUAUUACUGUCCCUCUCCAAAGACACCUCUACAGAGUCAAUUCCCUGCAUUUGGCUUUGGUUAUCCCAAUCUAUAG